GUUUACUUUUACUUUCGACUUUACCAACCGGAAAUUUGGAAAGCCUCUUGCUGAAAUCCUAACAGUUAUCUGAAAAUUUAUCGAAAGUUAUUCAAAAUUCUAAGAGUCUAUCAUAUUUUUCUUUAUGUUUAUGUGAAGAUUAUCCCACCAAUUUUUCCAUUUCACAUUCUCUCACCUUUUUCCAAUCAGUGAUUUCUUUCGACGAUGGGCGACCAAGGUUUUGUGGGGAUACGUUUUUGUCAAGAAUGCAACAACAUGUUGUAUCCAAAAGAGGAUAAAGAGAACAAAGUUUUACUGUACGCCUGUCGGAAUUGUGACUACAGACAACUGGCAGAUAGCAACUGUAUCUAUGUAAAUAAGAUUAUGCACGAAAUAGAUGAAUUAACACAUAUUGUAUCAGAUGUCAUCUCGGACCCCACUCUACCUCGCACUGAAGAUCACCCAUGCCCAAAAUGUAACCAUAGAGAAGCCGUAUUUUUCCAAGCCCAGACCAGAAGAGCUGAGGAGGAAAUGAGGCUUUACUAUGUCUGUACCAAUCAGCAUUGCACGCAUCGCUGGACUGAAUGAAGAAUGCAAAAUUCACCUCUUAAUGUUCUCAAGCUGUAUAUAUUAAGAUUAAGUUUUAAUCUAAGCACUUUUUGUGUUAAAUUCUAAAAUUCCAUUUCAAUUAUUUCAUCUAGUUUUUUUUUAAGUUUUCUUUUGACUAAAUUAAGAUAAAAAUAAUAUAAAAAACCCAAGUUUAAGAUUAUCCUCUUAAAUUUGUUGAUGCAGUCAAUCUCCAUACAUAUUUUGGUACCUCUUAACAUUUGAAAUUUCUCAUGAACAUUUUUCUCCAAUGUAAAACAACUUCGUCAAGCAAUAAAAAGGCAAUUAAAAGACAAUUCAAUAUUGGGAACCACUAGAAAGAAGAGUGUAAGGCAGAAAGGCCACUUUUCUUUUUUUUAUUAUUUUUUCAGGUUUUCCUGUAUUUAAUUGUUGUUUAAUUGUACAUUUGCAAAAA